AACUAACUUAGUGUAUCAACAAUCGAGGCUGGGGUAACUGACUCGAUGUAAAUAGAUAAUGAGUGCAGUGACUCGCUGCUCCACUGUUAGCACUCAACAUGGCCACUACAGACUCACAGGCUCAGCAGGGUACUGCAUGUGUUCCUCCAACGGCUGGCUCCCCGGUUGAGCAACCAGACCGCCCUGAUCGACUGUCCAAGGCUUUGCUUCGAAAGCGGGAACGGGAUAGACGUAAUCAGCAACAGAAGCGCGAGCGUGAGCGGAGGCUCGUGGAGGAUCUCAAAGCCAAGAUCUCGCAGCUGGAAAGGGAGCUGGCUGCAGCGAACGCCGAUCGAGGCAGAGGGCCUCUUUCGCUUCACAGCCUUAUAUGCAAUGGCUGUCGUGGUAGGUCGUGUAGCACCGCGGGCAGCCAACAUGACACCGACUUGGCAUCUACGAAUGGAUCGAUUGUUGCCGCCUCUUCUCCACCAGUGAGCGAACCUUUCCGAACAAGCCAUGCCACUGUCUCGUUGUCUGUCCUGAAAAAGCUGCUUGAUACUCCCGAAUGGCUCAGGACCCCGCUGUGGAACGUUGAUAGGCCCAAUGCGAAUUUCCGCUUCUUGGAACGAGGGCAGGGCUUUGUACCGCUCAUGGCUCAGCUGCGAGCCACGCCGAGUAUGGCGGAAAAAUGCCCUCCCGUUCCAAAGGCGAUCGAUCUCUUAUUUGGGGGAUCGAGCAAUGUUCUCGCCAACUUUGUCGUUGACGAGUUGGCGGGCCUGCCGUUGCUUUCGCCCGAGAAAUUUGCCAGCUGCUGGCAUAUAUACUUGUAUUGCAGAUGGCUUGUUUGGCCGUCGCAGGAUACGUUCAGUCGUCUCCCCACGUACUUUCGACCAACGCCGCUUCAGCUUGUUCAGGAACACCAUCUCGCUUUCGAUCUCAUACUCUGGCCGCAGAUGCGUGACAAUCUCAUACGGUACGGUUCAAAAUACGAGCUCGAGUCUGUGAUCGGACUUCUGUGCUGUACGUACCGAAUAAGAGGGACGUUCACGAAGGAUUUCAUCACGCGAGAGUACAAUGGCGAGCCCCAGCCAACUGAUGAGUUUUACGCACAGUUCAUGGAUAUUUCCAACUGGGGAAUCUUGGAACGAUUCUGGAAGGAGUACCCAGACUUGAUGGAGGGCAUCGAUAGCAGUUUGAUGUUGCGUGAAGAGAAUCUAAUGCCACCGUGA